UAUUAUCUAAUUACUUUUAGAAAAUUAUAAGUAUAUUCAAAAAAUUUAACAUGGUUAUGCUUUAACUCAUUUAAAAAAGGCAUAUUUUAGAAAGUACAAGUUAGACAUUCGCAUAAUGUUAGAUAUUUCAAUUAUUGAAGGCAUACAUCUAUAUUAUAUGACUUAGAAUGUUAGUGUGACAUCAAAAUUGCUCAUAUGAAGUUAGACAUUGAACGUUUUGCUCUGAACAAUGUAUAUAUACAUAUGUUCAUGAAAAAUGGGCGCUCAGAUAUGAAGAGCUUAUCGUGCAUCGUAAAUGUUCCAUACAUCAGCCUAGAUUUAUUAGCAAUGAUUUUUAUCCAUGGAAAGCACAUUAUUAUACGAGCGUGUCAAAACGAAAGAAUUACACAUUCUUUCUUAUUGCCAUUGUAAUUUCAUUGUGCAAUGCGUGAAUAACAAAACAUAUAUAAAAUAUACAUUAUAUUAACUUUAUCAUUAAUUUAUAAUGGAGCAAUUUUUAAAUGUGUUGAUCAUCAAUUAUAUUUUUUAGCAUAAAAGUUAGAAAGUAAUAUACAUACAAUAUGAAUUUACGAGAACCAAAAAAGAAACAAAAGGCAAGAGUACAAAAUAAAUCUCCCCUACCAAUUGCAUUAAAUGAAGCAGAAUGGGUUGUUUAUACAGCUUACCUUACAGACAUUGGAUCUUGUAUUACUGAUUCAGAUGAAAUUACAGCAGUACAUUCCAUGGGAUUUUUUGGUAAGGGUUCUCUAUCACGAAGCUAUCCAUCAUUUGGAAAAGCUCGAUAUGGAGCACCACCUCUUAUUAGAAAUAGGCAAUGGGUUCGUCGACAAGAGUGGUUACAAGAAGUUAAAUUACUUGACAAUGAAUUCUAUAGAGAUAAUAGUCAUAAUGAAAACUCUAUAAAAUCUAUGACAAAUGAUAAUUGUGUUGAUGAUAUAUCAAGUCAAUCUACAGAUACAAAGAAAAGAGAAGAACCAUCCAAUAAUGAAAAAAAACAUGAAGAACCAGAUAUCAUGGAAAUUGAUAUGAGUAUACCUAAUAUGCCAAAAAAUAAAGACAACAAACAAAUAAUCAAUGAUAAUGAGUUCUGUGAAAUAGUUCCUUGUUCUUCUGAAGAAGAUGUAUGUGUAAUUAUUAAUAAACAAUCUAAAAAAGACAUUAACAAAUCGGUUGUUAAAGAAAGUAAUGAAAAAGAUUUAGAAGAUCAACAUAUAGAUUUGAAUAAUCCAGGCAAUCAUAAUUCAGUAAUAGCAAGUAUGCAUAUUGAAAGAGGGAAAAAUGAUAUACAAGGAAAGUUAUUAAUUCUGCCAGACAGUGAUUCCGAAACAGAAAAUUAUCUAGAAAAUAUUAAACCAAGAAUUGAAUCUGAAAGCUUUCCAGUCAGGGAAUCUCUACAUAUGACUUUUGAAGAAACCUUUUUCCUUAUGUUUGGUUUAGGUUGUCUGCGACUAAUUCAUUUUGAUAGUACUUUAAUGGAUAUUAAUAGUGCUUGGUUAUAUUUUUGCAAGGAAGAUAAAAAUUUUAUACAAAAAUAUGUUGUAUACCAUUAUUUUCGAAGUAAGGGUUGGGUAGUUAAACCAGGCCUUAAAUAUGGAGGAGACUUUUUAUUGUACAAACAAGGACCACCAUUUUAUCAUGCCUCUUAUAUAGUAAUAAUAGAUGUUGUGGAUGCAGAUUUAUUGACUAUAAUUCCCAGUAAAUGUUUUCGAAAGAUGACCUGGAGUAACUUAUUUGGAUUAGAUCGCUUAGCUGAAAGUGCUGCUAAGGAAAUAUUAUUUGCACAAGUUUUGUGGCCUUCAUCAAUAUCUUUGAAUUCUGGCCCUCCCAGUCCACAUAUGCUAUCUGAAUUCACAGUGAGAGAAUUAUUAUGGAGGCGAUGGAACCCAAAACAAAAUCAAGAUGUAAUAAUUGUAGAAGAAGAAGAAGAUGAUGAAGAUUCGUGUUAAAAGCAGUCAAUAUAUAAUUUAUUUAAAAAUAUCUGAUUACAAAAAUAAAAAUCUGUAUUUCUAUCAUUUGUUUUUUAUAAAUUAAAUUUUACUUUAUAGAGCUUAUAAUAAAUGUAAUUUGAAUAUGUUUAUACUUAUGAAUAAACUCGUUUAAUACUCUUUA